CCCCAUUAUUUCCUCCUCCAAUUCCAAGUAUAAUCUCCAACCUUUUUCUUUCUCCAGAUCCGCCACCAAGCCACAACAACCACCAUCCGUCGCUGCCUGCCAUUUCCUCCGUUCAGACUCCGCCACAGCAAGCAUCCAUCAUCGCCUACGCCAAGCGCCACCUCGACCGGGGACCACAAAACAGAUCUGAAACAAUAGAACCGCGUUCAGUCGCCGCCCCGACUCCGCCGCCGAUGAAGCCAUCCUAGCCGACGCAAACGCCACCUCCACCAACAGAUCUGAAGCCUCAGCCGCCCUUCUUCCGCCGGAGCUGCCUCACUUGCGUCCGCCACGUACCGACGCCAAGCGCGACCGCCACCACCUCGGAACGGCCGGGAGUAUGGUGAUCUACUAGUAAGUUGUUGCUUGAUUGGAGAAGUUGUCAAAGUUUAUGAAGAUCUUGAACUUUGGGACUUCUUGGCUGCAAGUAUAUUACUACAAGUUAUAUAGUAGGAGAACUCUGUUGUCAAAGAACACCACAGCAGCAGAUGGAUGAUCUGAAACGCCACGAUGAGGAAGAUAGUUGGUCCAUGACUUCCUCUACUGCUGCGUCCGUAAGAACCAUCAAAUCCAAACUUACUGUCCCGGUAGCUCCAUCCUUUAGAUCUGCUGAACGCUUAGCAAGACGUAAGGAGUUUUACGAGAAGUUGGAUGAGAAACACAAAGCUUUGGAAGCAGAGAAACAAGAAUGUGCUGCCAGGACCAAGGAAGAGGAGGAAGCAGCUAUUAAGCAGCUCCGUAAGAACAUGGCCUACAAAGCAAAUCCAGUUCCUAGCUUUUACCAUGAAGGGCCGCCUCCAAAGGCUGAACUUAAGAAGCUGCCUGUGACUCGAGCCAAAUCACCAAACUUUACGCGGAGGAAAAGCACGGGUGAUGCUGUUACAUCCCAAGAAGAGAAAAAAGAUUCUGUCAGGGCCACCCGCCACAGCAUUGGUGCCUACAGAGAAUAUAACACUACGCAUUCCACUCCCAAAAAGAAGGACCAGAUAAGCGGGCGAAUUAAUGUUAAUGGGAAUAACAGAGUGAAGGCGACUGGCAAGCCGUCAGUCAAGGGAACAAAGAAAACAUCAACUAACGAGUCAAAAGAAAUCCGGGUGAAGGAGAUAAAGGACGCUCUGGCGAACGAGACUAAGGAAACUCCCCCGGUGAAAGAGAUUAACGAUAGUCCUGUGAAGGAGAUUAAGGAAACGUCUCAUAAUACUAUGACAGAUCAGCCAAGAGCAGAUAUUGCAGUUCAGUGAUGAAACAAUUAGCCUUGUUUUUUGUUUUUUUUUUUCCCCCUUAUAUGUAUCGAGAAAAUUUCCAGAAUUUCCUCUUCAAUUCAGAUGCUCAACGUUAACUUGCUGAUUUCUUUUCUGGUCAGAAGCGACUCAUUGAACUGAUGUUUAAUCUGAGUUGUAUAUUCUCUGUAAUAUAUAUAUUAUAUGUAAUACACAUGUAAUGUGCUACAUGGAAGAGAGCCCUGGACUACAUGGUUAUAAAUAUGCUCUUAAGACUGUUUCCUCUGCAGUUCAGCAUAGCAGUGUAAUGCUUUUAACUUGAACAUUCAA